ACAACUUGAGCUUCAAAUUCUGCUCAUAUACUUAUUUUAUAUUUCAACACAAGAAAAUAGAUAAUGAAACCCUUGGGCCUUGGUUUAUUUCUUCAUAGAGAAGGAGAUCAAGAGUGCUAAAAGAGAGACAGAAAGUAGAGAGAGAAAGUUAGAGAGAGAAAGAGACAUGUUUUGAGAAAAAGACUGGACCUUUCUUUGGUGGCUAUUCAGAUGUUACCUUGAUAUGAUAGCUUUGAUCUUCUUCUUCUCCUUCAACAUCUUCUUUUAGUUCUUCAACAUACACUUUCACCUGAAGAAAAAGUUUUUCUUGUAAAGGUGUUCGCUUUCUUCUUAUUCUUCAACAAUUCACCAUCUUUUUAAAAACCCAAUUGCAUAAUCUUGAACCAAAAUGGCGUGAAAGAAGGUUUUGCAUGGCGAGUCAUAGAGUUGGAGAGACUGGUUUGUCAGACUCAGGACCUUCACACCAUCACCAUCAUCAUCAACACCUGCCAUACUCUGUUUUUCCAGCCUUUAAUCCUCCCAACACAGGCUUCAUUAAUCAAGAAGGACCAUCUUUUGAUUUUGGGGAGCUAGAAGAGGCUAUUGUUCUUCAAGGAUACAAGACUCAUGGUGAUGAAACUAAAUUACCUUUAUACACAACAGUACCAAGGCCAGCUGCUACACUGGACAUGUUCCCUUCUUGGCCUAUGAGAAUUCAUCAAACCUCAAGAGGAAGUAAUUCAAGCACUGAUUCAGGAUCAGCGGUAAAUGUCGCAAUUGCUAGUAAACCGGAAACUCAUUCUCAUAUAGAACCCGAAUCUCCCAUUAGCGAUAACAGUCGAAAAACAUCUUCUGAACACCAACAACAACAACAACAACACGAAGUUUUUAGACAACAAUUGCAACAUCUUCAAAUACCACAACUUGAUAUGGAAAGUGAAGGAGGUAGUCCUGUAACAACUGGAGGAUCAUCACACUCUCAACAAGCCCCUAAACCCUUCUCAGAAAAGAGAAAGGGAACUGGUUCAACAUCAGAGAAAACACUGGAUGCCAAGACAUUGAGGCGCUUAGCUCAAAACAGGGAAGCAGCAAGAAAAAGCAGGCUCAGGAAAAAGGCAUAUGUUCAGCAGCUGGAGUCUAGCAGAAUAAGGCUAACUCAACUCGAACAAGAUCUUCAACGCGCGCGAUCACAGGGGUUGUUCGUGGGAGGAGGUGGCGGUGGUGGAGGGAACCUUAGUUCCGGUGCAGCAAUAUUCGACAUGGAAUACUCAAGAUGGCUAGAUGAUGAUCAGAGACAUAUGGCCGAGCUGCGUAAAGGAUUACAAUCCCAUUUAUCCGACGCUGAUCUACGCGUCAUAGUAGAUAGCUUCGUUGCACAUUACGAUGAAAUCUUCCAGUUAAAAGGUGUUGCAGCCAAAUCCGACGUCUUCCACUUGAUAACUGGCAUGUGGACUACCCCAGCGGAACGCUGCUUCCUUUGGAUGGGCGGUUUUCGCCCCUCUGAACUCAUCAAGAUGUUGGCAAUACAACUUGAUCCUUUGACAGAACAACAAGUUGUGGGGAUUUAUAGCCUGCAGCAAUCCUCACAACAAGCCGAAGAAGCGUUAACGCAGGGGUUGGAUCAGUUGCAUCAAUCAAUGGUCGACACCAUCGCUAGCGGGUCCGUCAAUGACGGGGUCCACCAUAUGGCGGUUGCGCUAGGAAAACUGACUAAUCUCGAAGGAUUCGUUCGCCAGGCUGAUAAUUUGAGACAACAGACUCUUCAUCAACUGCAUAGGAUAUUAACGGUACGACAAGCAGCGAAAUGUUUCUUGGUGAUAAGCGAGUAUUAUGGACGUUUGCGAGCUUUGAGUUCGCUUUGGGCUUCUAGGCCACGCGAGGCGUUGAUAAGUGACGAAAACUCGUGUCAAACGACGACGGAUUUGCAAAUGGUGCAAUCUUCACACAUUCAUUUUUCUAACUUUGGAUGAUGAAACAUUGAAAUGAAGUUGGUAAAGGUUGAUGAUGGAUGUGCAAUUGAGAAUGGCCUUUGUUUGUUUAAGGCUGAAGACUUUUAAAACUUGCUAAAGUUUAGAGGGUAUAAUUAAAUAGUUUAUUGAGUUUUUUUUCUUUUAUUUAGUUUAUGUUCCUUUUAUUUAUUUUCUACGUCUAGAAAUUAAAUUUUAAGUUGUUUAUGAGUAUGUUAUCUUGUAUAUGAAAA